AGUUACGCAUACGCUCAAUACAUCUACGGCUUGAUGGGCUUCAUAUGUCUGCUGCGUUCUGCCGAGGGGUUGCGUGUAUGAUAUAUACCAUUCUUGCACUAGUAGUACAAAAGAGCUCUCAGUUCGACAGUCGCAAAUCACCCUGACAGGAUAAUCAGUAAAGUCUCAAGUAAUUCUUCGACGCCUCAACAGCAACAUGUCUUCCGCUACUCAUCUGCCCGUCCUUAUUGUCGGCGCAGGCCCGACAGGGCUGACACUCGCCUUGACGCUUGCACAGAACGGAAUACCCUUCCGGAUCAUCGAGAAGGAGAUCAACUUCCACGUCGGUCAGCGCGGCGCCGGCAUCCAGCCCAGGACCCUUGAGGUGUACAACUUGCUGGGUGUCUUGCCCGACAUUUUGCAGCAAGGGAUCCCAUUCGCUAAGUUACAACUAUACAAGCUUCCGGGCGGUGUGGAGAUAGAGAAGGCCUUCUGGAUGAUCCCUCCGCUCGUGCCUUCUCCUUCGAAGCCAUACAUCAAUGCCUGGCUGCUUGGCCAGGCACACGGAGAGGCGAUUUUACGCUCGCACCUGGAGAAAUUCGGCUACCACGUUGAACUUGGCACUGAACUAAGAAGCCUUGAGCAGAAUGCCGAUUACGUUACCGCGCAUAUAGCGAAGAGAGACGGGGACCAUGAGACGGUGGAAACCGUUACUUGCCGCUGGCUGGUUGGGGCUGACGGCGGAAAAGGCAUCGUGCGCAAGCAACUAGGUCUGACAUUCCUUGGGGAAUCACUCUCGGCUGAGAUGAUUAUCGGUGACGUCGAAGUGAAGGGUAUAGAUAAUAACCACUGGCACAUAUGGGGCAGUACAGAUACGACAUUGCUGAUACUACGUCCGACUGAGGAUGAAAACCUGUUUUUCUUCGCCAUCUCCGGCAAAAUAGACUAUGCAAAUAUCAUGAUGGACGAUCACGAGCUCUUUGAUGCAAUUCGAAAGGCCAGCGACAGGAAGGAGUUGGAAUUUGGUGCAGUGCCAUGGAAGUCGGACUACAGGCCCAAUGUGCGGAUGGUGAACAAAUUCAGUGAAGGGCGAGUGUUCGUGGCAGGAGACGCAGCGCACGUACACAGUCCGGCAGGCGGUCAGGGGUUGAAUUCAGGUGUCCAAGACGCGCUCAACCUCGCAUGGAAGCUCUCACUCGUCGAGAAGGGGCUCGCCUCGCCCUCGCUCCUCUCCACCUACAACGAAGAGCGCCUGCCAGUCAUCAAAGCGAUGCUUGAGGAGACGACAGCGAUCUUCCACUCGGUGCUCGCGCGGACGGCCAACGGUAUGAACAACGAGGCCGGGUGGAACCGUGGAGAGCACAUGCGCCAGCUUGGCGUGAACUACCGCUGGAGCUCGAUCGUCCGCGACGAGCGUGCUCCGGUGGGCGCGACGGAGCCCAUGGAUCCAUAUGGAAUCAACAGUGGCGACGUGCCGAGGGCGGGAGACAGAGCGCCUGAUGCCCCGGGUUUGGUCAACGUCAAGAGCACCGAUGCGUCUGAGCAGCCGACUUCCCUCUUCCGCAUUUUCUCGACGACUCGCCAUACCAUAUUGGUAUUCUCUCCCGAUAGCGCGCACGCCGGACCCGCACUGGAGGCUUUAACGUCGUAUCCUGCGGACGCGAUACAAUCCGUGGUGAUCUACCUACAGGAUGCUUCGAGCACCCCGCACGUCGAUGGCGCGAACCUGUCGCUGGUCGACCGUGACGGGCACGCGUAUUCCGGCUACGCCGUCGAGAAGGGUGGCUUGACGAUUGUCAUUGUUAGGCCCGAUGGUGUUAUCGGAGCGAUUGCUCGUGGGGUCGAUGGAUUGAAGGCGUACUUCCGUGGUAUUUUCACUGCAUCGGCUUGAUGUUGGUAUGGAGGCCACACAGUUUGUUUGUCGGUGGAUGCCUUGUGGUAGUCGUACUGAAGGACGAAAUGUUGGAUGUAUUUAGUUCAGCUGUCUGUACCUGCAAAAUGAAGUACAUUUGCCAUGUCGA